AUGCAAACAAACGCCUUGCUCCAGUUGGCUUUGUGCCUUCUCACAUUCAACAUCAAUCCUGCCUCUGCAUUUUGGCGUCUACCAUGCCAGAACCCAAUCGUGGUUCAGAGAGCUGACCCAGUUAUCUCUCCAGGUAGUGUCUCAGCGCAUGUCCACACUAUUAUGGGUGGUUAGUAUAUGAUUCAUAUUUUACUGUCUUUACACCAAUUCUCCCCCUGAUCUUUAACACCACUUGUUUCUUCCACAAAUCUCGGCUGUUUCGUAAUGAAGCUCAAAUCUCUUAUUUUCUUCCACAGUCAUUCUUGAAGGAUGAUGCUGACUCCUCGUUUGCAACAGGUAAUGGAUUUGCUUUUAACAUGAACUAUGCUUCCACCCAAGCCUCGACUUGCUCUUCUUGUACCGUCACAAAGGUAAGCUCCAUCAAAUACAGGGGAGUACUCUCCAACUAACAAAAAAAGGAUCUUUCCAACUAUUGGACUCCAACAUUGUUUUAUAGAGCUCAGAAUGGUAGUUUCAUCUCUGUCGGUCAGAAUGGUGGCGUUACAGUUUACUACUUGUAAGUUUGCCAUUCAAUAUUCUACCUCCUUUGGAUUGUUAAUGAAUUUCAAUUACUAGGCAACGCAGUGACCCGUUAGAUCCCGAGUACUCCAAAGGUCUUUUGGCCUUUCCACCCGGCUUCAGAAUGGUUGCUGGCAAUCCUUACCUUCGGUCAUACAACUCUAGCUCUCUAGCACAACAGGCAAUCACCUAUGUCUGCCUCGGUACUAGUAAUCCUCAAACGAAUGGAUUCCCAAAUUACAAAUGUCCAAAUGGACUGCGAUCACAGGUUUUUUUCCCAUCAUGCUGGGAUGGAAAAAACUUGGAUUCUCCAGACCAUACGUCUCAUAUGGCUUAUCCUAGUCUUGUGGACAGUGGUCAUUGUCCUCCCAGUCAUCCAAAGCGCCUUGUUUCUAUUUUCUAUGAGAUUCUUUGGGAUACUCCUGACUUUGCUAACAUGGUAAGCACUUGCAGCUUCUGGUUUUCUCGUCAUGGCACAAUUUAUAUGUCCUUUCCGAGAAUUCAAGUCCUUCCCUUAUACCCCAAUCCGAUGCUAACGAUUAACUUUCUAGUGGUAUGGGAAUUCACAACCAUUUGUCUGGGCUAUGGGAGACCCAACCGGUUACGGAUUUCAUGGAGACUUUGUCAAUGGUUGGGACGUGCCAACAUUACAAAGAGCUGUCAACGAAUGCAACGAUGAUAGUGGAGUCAUCGAAAAAUGUCCCGUUUUCCAACUCACGAGCGAUGCAACUGCAAAUGCUUGUAGAAUCCCUCCAUCAGUUCAUGAGCAAGUUACCGGUGUAAUGUCCAAACUCCCUGGAUGCAAUGAGGUUCAAAAUGGUCCCGCAAAUGCUGUUCAAAAAGCUGGAUGUGGUGCUACGACCACCAUCGGUACGCCUAUAUGGCCUUACACUGAUGUGACGAAAUCAAAGAGCUUCGCAUACUUGGGAUGUGGCACAGAUUUGCCUGGUCAGCCUCGAACUUUACAAGGAGCUUCGUUAAAGGACAGCACAGGAAUGACAAUCGAAAAAUGUAUCGACUUCUGUAAUAGCAAAGGCUUUAGUAUCGCUGGUCUGGAAUAUUCCACAGAGUGCUACUGUGAUAAUAAUAUGCUUGCUGGUAGAGCUCCAGUUCCUGGCGUUCUGGGAGGUUGUACGAUGCCUUGCUCUGGAAAUAAUCAACAAAUUUGUGGAGCAGCUGGUUUACUUUCACUUUACAAGAAGUGCCCGAAUUCCAAUAGUUGUACUAACGUUCAGUAAGUAUAUCCACGCAUCCUUCUCAGUGACUUUUUGCUGAUCAAGUCCUUUAGGUAUCCAUUCAAUGCCGGUUUGAAGAAGCGUAAGUCGGAAGGGAGACGUGAGAGACGUCAAAAACGCGAUAGCGAGUUAGCCUGCCAUUCACAGGAUACCUCUACUUCUUCUGAUUCUGCUUCUACGUAUGUGUCUGCUUUUACAAAUCCAUCUGCGUCUUUGCCAUCGCCUAUUUUAAUACCAGCAAUGACAAAUACAGGCAAUACAGGUAUUUUGCCAUUGUCGUCUUCGGCUAACAAUUAUUCAGCCUCUGUGAGGCCUUCUAGUCUAUACACAACGAUGUCCAUAGCAAUUUCUAUUGCGGCAGAAUCAAACUCGGUAUCUUUCAACACAGACACCAAAGCUACAUCAUAUAUUUCUUCUGAUUCCGGAUCCAGAUCCAGCGUUACAACAGUCUUUACAGAAACAACAGUUUCAACUUUCACCACCGUCACUGCAACAACAGCAACAGCGGCAGUAACAUCCUUGAAUCCUUUCGAUCAAUUUUGCCAUGCAGAUAAUUGUCUUCGCGCAUUAGAACAUUCUACCGCUUCAGAAUUUUGUUCCGGCUGGUUAGCAACUACCGCUGCUCCCAGGCCCGACGCUACAAUACCAACCUGGCUCCCUGGAUGCGAUUUUGCUCCUGAUGCUGCGCAUCAUGCUAGUUCUGGAUGUUCUUGUUACCAGAAGUCAGGUACAGCUACAGCGAAAUCUUAUUAA